AUGGAGAUCGUCAAACAAAUCAUACCACAUAACGGCUCAAUUCCGGAAAAACCGAUUCCGUCAGCGUCGGAAUGGCUAACGCACAUGUCGUCGGUUCACGUGACCGUCCUGAUGAUGGCGUGCGCGUUCGUCACCGUCACUUGGGUCCUCGCGUUCUUCCAUUUGUAUUUCGUCAUCAAGUACGUCUCAAACGAGCGCAUUCGAACCGACUUGUACUCUUUGAUAUUCAUGUAUCCGCUCACCACAUUCUGCAAUCUCGUCGGCAUGUUCAUCCCGCGAGCCGCCAUUUUUCUCUACGCCGUCGCUCUUGUCUACUUUAUGUUUUGCCUAUUCAUCAUGGUCACAUUGCUCUUCAACAUAUUCGGCGGCCGGUCCGAAAUGAGCGCGUUCCUCCUCCAGAAGAACAUCAAAAUCAAGCUCACGAUGCCGCCGUUGUGCUGCUUCAAAUUUAUUCCGCUCAUCGAGAGCACCGACAUCAAUUUGCGUCGAAUCGAAUGGCUCGUGUUCCAGACGCCGAUCAUUCGAACGUCGCUUGAGCUCACUUCCGUCGUCGUCUCGAUGGAGCAGGAAGGCCGUCGAGAGAGCAUUUGGUUCGUCUUCUCGCAAGUCGGCGGACUCCUCUCGAUGCUCAUCGCCUUCUACGGCUGCUAUGUGAUGGUGCCUUUGGGGCGGGAGAAGCACGCUCCAUACCGUUUCGAUUUCAUCUUCCGAACCGCCGACGUCGCCCAGUGCAUCUACACGAUUCAGAAGUUCCUGUUCGAUUUCUCGGCGGCGGUGGGUCUCAUCACGUCGGAUCGUCUCCUUCCAGCGGCGGCCAAAGCCCAAUGGUGGGCGUCGUUCAUGUUCUCAUGGGAGAUGAUGCUGCUCUCGGCGCUCAGCACCUAUUGCCUCCGACCGUCGCGGUGCAAGUUCUUCGACAAAUUUCCGGGCAAUGAAGUGAGCAACGCGCAACCGUCGACCAGCGUCGGCAAUUCGAUGGAGACGAUUGAGAGCGCCUCGUCGCGAUCCGCCAAACCCGACGACGUCAUCAAUCGAUUCGACUCAAUUUGA